AUGGCUGCUAAUAAGAUACCGUUAUUAAGCUUUUGCGGAUCGACCCCAGAUUUCUGUGACGCAGGCUGUCAAGCAGGCUAUGGAGGCUGUGGAUCAGUCAAUCGACCAUCUUGCGGUGGCGGAGGCAGUGUGUCCACGCGCACGAUUGGCUAUUAUGAAUCGUGGGCAAAUGCCCGCACUUGCCAAAGCGUUUCCCCCGAAGAUCUCAACCUUAACGGCUUUACCCAUAUCAAUUUUGCCUUUGCUUUCUUCGACCCUCAGAGCUUCCAAAUUGCUCCCAUGGAUGGCAAUAGUGCAUCUCUUUACAGCAGGUUCACGGGCUUGAAGAAUUCCAAUAGCGGGCUACAAACCUGGAUUUCUGUCGGCGGUUGGUCAUUUACAGAUCCUGGGCCUACGAGAACUGCGUUUAGCGAUAUGGUCAGCAGUUCUGGAAACAGGCAGCAGUUUAUCAACUCGCUCAUCAAGUUCAUGGACACGUAUGGAUUUGAUGGAGUGGACCUUGACUGGGAAUACCCUCAAGCUGAUGAUCGCGGAGGUGCCCCUGCUGAUAAGGAGAACUAUGUGACUCUUGUGCAGGAAUUGAGGAAUGCCAUUGGUUCGAAAUACGGCAUUUCAAUGACAUUACCCACCUCUUAUUGGUAUCUACAGCAUUUUGACGUCGAAGAGAUUCAGAAAUCGUUAGAUUGGUUCAAUCUCAUGGCGUACGACUUGCACGGCGUUUGGGAUGCCGACUCAAAAUUUGUCGGACCAUACAUUGCGCCGCAUACGAACAUUACCGAAAUAGACCUUGCGCUUGACCUUUUAUGGCGCGCAGGUGUGAGUCCUGAUAAAGUCGUCAUGGGCGAAGGAUGGUACGGGCGAAGCUUUACAUUGAAAGAUCCCUCCUGUAAUACACCGAAUGGGGUCUGUGAAUUUACUGGUGGUGCUAAUCCUGGUCCUUGUUCCGAUGCUUCCGGAAUCUUGACCCUUGAAGAGAUCAACAAUAUCAUAUCCGAUAACAGCCUGACGCCAGUUUGGGACAAAGAAGCUGCCGUAAAAUGGAUCACAUGGGACAGCAACCAAUGGGUUUCUUAUGACGAUGACGAUACAUUUCAACAAAAGCGUGACUUUGCCAACUCACGCUGCUUGGGCGGACUAAUGGUAUGGGCAAUGGAUCAAGUCGACCAAAAAGCCGACAACGGUCUUGCGCCAGCAGAAGGCAUUACCACCAGCACGCAGCAAGAUGCACAGCAAAUGAGUCUCAAUCUGCAGGCCGGUAUCACAUGCUACACCACAGAAUGCGGCGGGACUUGCAAAAAAGGAACAAAUGCAGUGGCACAGAUGAAUGGGCAGCCGGGCCAACUGUCCACAAAUUCGAGAUGCGACAAAAAUGUGUAUCGUACUUUGUGCUGCGAUGACGGUACAUUCAUGGGGACCUGCCAGUGGCGCGGAUACCGGGGCCUUGGUCUCUCGUGUAUCAGCGGAUGUGCGGAUGGUGAGACGGAGGUGGUCAAAGACACCAACUAUCAUGAUAAGAGUGGAGACCGGACCUGCACAGGCGGGCUCCAAAGUUAUUGCUGCAAGGGUUUUAAAUCUGCACCUAUGAAUGGAAAAGAAGAUCAACUCAAACAGGACGUCGUCGACGGGGCAAAGGCAGCUGCAGAAGCAGCUGCAGAAAAUGUCGCACUUGAUCUCGCUGCAAAGGCGUUUUGCAGAGUAGCAGUUCCGGCUCUACUUGCUCCACUUGAAGCACUUGAGGACUUAAUCCCCAUUAUUGGGGAAAUUCUUGACAUUGCUGAAAUAGCAGCGACGCCUGAAUUGAUCAAUCUCUGCGUUAAGGGCGUAGAAAAGGAAGGCAAAGCUGAAUUCAAAGUCUUUGGGAAAGAACACACACUUUCCUAUCUCGAGCCUACAGAGAAACCAUCUCUGACAAGGCCUCCAGAAAAGUCGCAUACCCCAGCGAAGACGUCCGAAGACACAUGCGAGACACCCGAGAAGGUCCGCAGAGCGGGAGAGGGCGACGGAUGCCGCAAAAGAAAGCGUCGAUCAAAAACUGUAACCACUACCACCUCAGUCAGCGAUGUCCCCGGAAGAGUCCAGCCCAUUCAAUGCAUGGCAGAAAAGAUUCAGCAGCCCUGUCUACACUAUAAUUCUGUUAUCAAGCAUCAUCCUGAGAUGAAAUCCGUCACAUGCCCUUACAGUAGUCAGGUUAGCCCGGAUCGUCCAUACGUGGCCAAGUACAACGACGAACAUAACACUGCGUGGACGUCCAAAAUACCAAAUGCAGCUAGGUGCGAACGAGACGAAUGGCCUCCUGCCAAAUUUAUUUCCAUCAAUGAUGGUUAUAAAAACUUGCAAGGUCAUGGGGUCAGGCCAGAAAUUCCCGAGCAACAAUACAUUCGACUCCUUGACGGCGGUUCAAACGGCGCCGCAGGACAGCUGUUCAGGGGGUGUCCAAAAGUUGCGCCGUCGCAGCUCGUGGACGAAGUAACCAGUGUGGAAGAAAGAGGCGGGGGCAUUGACACGGUCUGGGUCAAGGUGAAAGCAGUGUUUACUCGACCUGUGUUUACGAUUGAUUUUCCGGGUAUAACAGAUCCAGAUGGCGUGGAUGGGCUGCAGAUCAACGAGUGUCAGCCUGUUCAGCAAGGGGUCAAUCACAUGGGGUUUGCACUGCUCAAUGAAGAUCCGUUCUUUUUGGACCACCCUGAUGCAGCUGCAUUGACCCCGCUAUAUGAUCAGAGCCCAAAUUUCAGGAAACGCCGAGGUCUCGGAGGGCUGGUGCCGGAUCAGAUAGCUGUUGUGGAAGCUAAUUCAAGCCGCAAGGCCACGGAUGAAGAAUUGCUGCACAACUUCGGACUGAUAAAGUGCCAUGAUGGCGACUGCUCGCAAGAAUUGGCAGGAUUGGGGAUCGAGUCUGCAAUGACCUUCGAAUCGUCACGGACACAGCCAGCUGAUGUCAAGGCGACGAUUACUACUAGGUCUGCUAGAAGAGCAGAUGAACAGCUAUCAAAAUUACGUAACCAUGGAUUGCCGCAUGGUGACAUUCCGCAAAAGACUGAGGCACCAGAGAUGGCACUUCUUAUGGCAUCGUUGCCAAAAUAG